AUGAGAGAAAAACCCACCUGCCCCUCUAGCUCAAGUCUUUUGAGCACGCACAGCUCAUGCCUUGCAUGCUGCUGCACAAAACCACAUCAUUUCCAUGCCCGCAUUUUCUUGCACUUGGAUUUGGGGGGUGGGCACAGGGUGGUGGUGGUUCUGCCACACCUUCUGAGCACCCCUGAGAGGCUCCCUACCUCCAGGAAUGCUUUUGUUUUUAAAAGAAAGAGCGGAAUGUAUCCUCUCUGCCUUCUGCCAUCUCCCCCCCCCCCCACACGACCACCAACCACAUACGCCAUCUUUGCGCAGGGGGUCCCAGGUCCCACCCCUUCCGCUAACCAAAAUGGCUCAGUCGUCUCUCCCCCCCCCCCCGUUUGA